AUAGGUCCGUAGAGCAGAGCCAAAUCUAUGGGCUACGAGAGCUGACUUUUCAAUCUACACUGCAUAACGUACAACAUAUCUGUAGUGCAUUUUGCAAAAACGGCUCUUGGUUUGCCAUUUUUUCACUUAGCCAAUUACUCCCGGAAGCUUUCGAAUUGACAAUUUCCUAUAAUCAAAAUUGAAAACCCAAACAACAAAAUCCUCUAUUUUUCAGUUCAGAUUUCGAGAAAAUCUUGCAAAAAAAGAUGGCGACAACAAUGAGAAUUGUUUUUGGGCUUCUUACACUUGUCACCUGUGGAAUGAUUCUCGGAGCUCUGAUUCAAUUAGCAUUUAUUCAUAGGAUGGAGGACUCACUUGACAGAGAAUUGUCUUUUGGUGCAAAGCAUGCAAGUCUAGCUGGCAGCAAUUUUCCAUUAACAAGAGGAAUCUCUAAUUGGGAUUAUGACAAAGAAGCCAUAGCACUACGUAUAGGAUAUGUGAAGCCUGAAAUAAUUAGCUGGAAACCAAGAAUUGUAUUAUUUCACAACUUCUUAAGUGCGGAGGAAUGUGAUUAUCUUAGAUCGAUUGCCAUUCCCCGCCUUCAUGUUUCCACUGUUGUAGAUGCAAAAACUGGGAAGGGAAUUAAGAGUGAUGUCAGAACAAGUUCUGGUAUGUUUUUGAGCCCUGAUGAGAGGAAGUAUCCCAUGAUACAGGCAAUUGAAAAACGAAUUUCUGUAUAUUCUCAAAUACCAGUAGAAAAUGGAGAACUCAUUCAAGUGUUAAGGUAUGAAAAGAAUCAGUUCUAUAGAGCCCAUCAUGACUAUUUUUCUGAUACUUUUAAUGUGAAGCGUGGAGGUCAACGAAUAGCUACAAUGCUCAUGUAUCUGAGCGACAAUGUUGAGGGGGGAGAAACAUACUUUCCUAUGGCUGGCACUGGUGAAUGUAGCUGUGGCGGCAAAAUGAUCAAAGGAUUAUGUGUAAAACCCACGAAAGGAGAUGCUGUUCUUUUUUGGAGUAUGGGGCUUGAUGGGCAAUCAGACCCUGAUAGUCUACAUGGAGGAUGUGAAGUACUCUCAGGAGAGAAAUGGUCAGCUACUAAAUGGAUGAGGCAAAGAAGUGCAUCAUAAAUUGCUCAUAUAUCUUAUUUUUUUGUUUUAUACUGUAUCUUGAUAGGAAAAAAGAGAAAGGGGAGUUAUAUGACAUUUGUAAAAUUAGCAACACAUGAACUGGAAAAAAUGUAGCCAUAUAUAGAGUUUACUCAUUGAACUAAACUUUAGCCAUCCUAAUAUAAGUGACUUAACUCUUCAUUUGGCAACACAGCAAAGAGGAGGGAAAGGAAAAUUUUAAAAAACUUU